AUGCCCAGUCAAGAUUUAGAAGAAGAAAAUCAACUAUGCGUGUUGCGCGGACUGCUGGGUCCGUGCGCGUGGCACCAGGGCUCGAAGUUGUUCAUCCGCAGCCUGAGGCGGCUGCGGACGGAGCGCGCGCGUCACGCGGGCUGCGUGUGGCACCCCUACAGCCCCGUCAGGUACUACUGGGACUGCAUGCAACUCUUCUUCGUCUUCGCCGCCUUCCUCUACAUGCCCUUGCAAGUCUUCAUGAAAUGUCCGAAUUAUUACGACCCGUUCAUUUUAUUCACUGACGCGCUGGCAUUCCUGAACGUUUGCUCUCUGUUCGUGACCGGCUAUCUCGAACACGAACACAAAAUCAUCAUUCUAGAUCUAAAACUGAUAGCGAUACACUACCUGAAGAGCAACUUCAUACCAGACUUCAUCGGGUGUUUACCUUUACAGCUGAUCGAACCAUUUGGCGGGUGCGAGUACCCGACUCACACAGUCAUGUUCAUAUUUAAACUUCUAAGAUGUAUUUCACUGAUCGCGCAAUGGAAAAACGUCAUGGGCCAAUUCCAACUAUCGUACAUCACCUACGUAGGGUUGAAGAUAAUUAUUAUGAUGAUAAUGUUCUUCCAUUGGUUGACUUACAUCCAUUAUCAAGUGCCAAUAUUGUGCCAUCAUCUGUACGAAAAGAAUGGCGCUUUCAUAUCGUGGCUGAAGCGUUUUCACAUAAUGAGACGAGAGAGUGAGGGCUCUUUAUUUCAGAAAUACAGCACGAACUUUUAUUUGGUAUGCGGACUGUGUAUCGGCGCAGGGUACUACACUCCGCUGGACACACAUUUUGUCCCCGAGUUAAUGCUGUCCGCGGGAAUGAGCCUGCUGGGCCUACUGUUCCUCACAUACGUCUUCUCCGCCCUCCUUCGGCUAGCGAUAUAUCAUCAUUUCGAAACUUACUGCUUCAGUGGCAAGUCUAGAGAGCUAGAAGAGUACAUGGUACUAAUGCGUUUGCCAAAGUAUUUGAAGAGAAAGAUCAGAUUAUUCAUCAACUACAAGUUCAACGAGCACUUCUUCCACGAGGAGGCGAUCAAGAACACGAUCAACGAGCAGAUCCGGCAGGACAUCAACAUGCACUGCUGCCAGCGGCUUGUCAAGAAUGUACCAAUGUUCCAGGACAUGCCGGUUGCACUUAUCAACUCCAUUAUAUUCAGUUUGAAGCAAGUCUUGUACAUGCCUGGCCAGACCGUGGUAGAGUUUAACAAACCAGGCAAAUGCAUACAUUUGAUUUCUUCCGGAACGGUGGCAGUCAUGGAUGCCACGGGAAGAGAGAAGCUGCGGGCCCGCAACCGCAGCGGACGCGGGCGAAAAUCGCUCCGUGAGUUCUUAGCCUAA